AUGAGCGGCGGAAAGCUCCCUGCCGUCCAGUCCCUCGACAAGCCAGAAGAUCUUGGACAUCUCCUCCGCCAAGACCGUGGCGAUGACUGCCUAAGCUGCAAGGUCGUCGGGAGCGGUGCUUUUUUCGGACUAGGAGCGUACAGCUACCUCUCCGGCAUGUCGCAGCUGCAGAGGCAGCGUCAGGCCAUCCUCCGGAGCAGGUCCAUGUUCGGCAUGAGAAGCCGCAAGUUUGGCAUCGUCGGCAUCUCGCUAGGCCUGGUGUGGAUGGGACUCUGGAGGGCGUUCCGGUGA